AUGGAUUCCAAAGCUAAAAUUCAUAUUGGAGUGCCCAAUGAGACAAAAAUUGUGCAAAAGAUUCUUCACUUGGCCGGAAAGGCUUUUAAGGAUUUUAAGGAAAAGCUCGAAGCUCACGAGGAACAAUAUAGAAAAAUUCAGGUUACCAACAACCUCCAACUUAAUGAGAAGGAAUUAGUGAAAACUUGCAGAAACUGCCCAAAAACUCCAGAUUUGUUCGAGAUCUCCAGAUCUGUUGAUGUUUUUGAUUCAGAUGGUGGUGACGGUGGUGGAGAUGGUGGAGUUGAAGGUGGAGAUGGACGAAGGAUGAUUGUAGCGGAGAGAAAUAAUGGAGGUGGAGAUGGAAGUGGUGGUUUUGGAGGGGGCGGGCUACAUAAAGGUGGUGGUGGUUAUGGAGGAGGCGGGGACGGAGGUGGUGGCAGUGGCGGAUGUGGAGGUGGGGUUGGUGAAGAUGGAAGUGGAGAUGGGGAAUUAGCGAAAACUUGCAGAAACUGCCCAAAAACUCCAGAUUUGUUCGAGAUCUCCAGAUCUGUUGAUGUUUUUGAUUCAGAUGGUGGUGACGGUGGUGGAGAUGGUGGAGUUGAAGGUGGAGAUGGACGAAGGAUGAUUGUAGCGGAGGUCUGGGCGGCUUGA